UGUCAACAAAAUUUAUUUAUUUUUGUAAAUUUGGAAGCUGUUGUUAAAAUUCGCUAGUGUACAUUUACCACAUGUUUAAAUAUAUAUGUGUAUUCCAUUUACACUUCUAGUCAAAAUUUCAAUACAGGAGGACAACAUUGAACGCAUUUAUUGGCAAGGGCUACUGUGACUUGGGUCCGAUAGAGUUAAAAUUACCCAGUUGCAAGAAUAGAACUUUGAUAAAUGGAUAUUGAUGAGCGUGGGGGGGAGCAGGCUACGAGAUCACUGCUGAAGAAAACGUAUAAAGUGACCGUCAUAAUGCUUUUAGUUGGACAACUUCAGGUCUGCAUUAUAAAUGAAAUUUCCUUCAUCAAAAGGUUUCUUGAAAAGCAUUACUAUGUGAGCCUGUUGCAGUUUUUCAUAAGUUUUAUAUCGAUACAGCUGUACGUGUUCUUUUAUCAUGUUAUUGAGAAAAGAGCACUGUGGAAAAGGAUCUUAGCCGGAAUAUGGACGUUCGAGGUAAACACCCUAUCGAUCAUGAAGCCCUCCAAGAGUUCCCCAUACUUGUGUAUGUUAAUAUCCUUUUUGGUCACCUUUUUGAUCAUGGGCGUAAGUGUGGUAUAUGGCAACAUGGCAGUAAAACACCGACGUGGUCUCUUUGUGUCGCGCCACAAUAUAAUCCGUUGGAGCGAACGUCUCUUUGUGCUGACCUGCUUUGGCAUCAUUGUCAGCUCCGAGAUGAAGCGCGCCACCAUCGAGUUUCCCACCCUCCUCGUAUACAGCCUGAUGUCGAACAUUGUAAGAAGACAGUUUGUGGUCGUCUAUGCCGCCUCGAUACGCAAGCCGAACUUCUAUCAAGUGAACAACGUUGCCGAUCACAUACUAAUUGGCCAGCUUUACUAUCUGAACUUUUAUGCCCUGUACAUGGGCAUCGUGUGGACGCUUUCAUCUGGCUUCGAAUUGGCCAAUUAUGAUACAACCCUGGCGACGUUAAUGAAAAAGUUCUAGAACAGAUGUCGCCUUGCAGUGUUGCCAUGCUUCAAAAUGUGUUUACUACCUCCUUUUAAAUUGACCAGGCGCAUGCGUCGCAAAGGCCACGAACAGCUGUUCUAUACGGGCACAGACACGCGCACACACACAGACACACGCAUAAAUGCAGAGACGCGGGACACACGCCCACAGCCUUCCUUGCCCCUUCAUCCAGCGCAGGAGCUAAUGGUUUCGAUAGUCGCUGGCAAACGCAAAUCAGGAACGUUUCGCUGCCUGCUGCUGGAUGCCUCCUCCGUUGAGGGGCUUACGUCACGGUCUUCGCGAUCCUUGCGAACAUCUGAUUUGUGUUUUAAUUUAGGGCCUGGUACGUUGUACAUUCGGUUUAUGGCCAGGCUGUUCUCCAUUUCCACGCGUUUUUCCCCGCCAACGUCGAACUUGUGG